AUGCAAUUAGAAAAUUUUUCGACCUCGGCUGAAGCACGUACGCAAGGUACCGUUAUUUCAGUAACCGAUGGUAUUGUUCGUAUUCAUGGCUUAUCAAAUGUCAUGGCGGGUGAAAUGAUUGAGUUCCCUGGCAAUACAUUUGGUUUGGCGCUUAACUUAGAGCGAGAUUCAGUAGGUGCGGUUGUGUUAGGUGACUACGAGCACAUCACCGAGGGCGACAUCUGUAAAUGUACAGGUCGUAUUUUGGAAGUGCCAGUUGGGCCAGAAUUAAUCGGCCGUGUCGUGAACGCAUUGGGUGCGCCAAUUGAUGGCAAAGGCCCAGUCAAUGCCAAAAUGACGGACAAAAUUGAAAAAGUAGCGCCAGGCGUGAUUGCGCGUAAAUCUGUUUCACAACCAGUGCAAACAGGUUUAAAGUCAGUUGACUCUAUGGUGCCAGUUGGUCGUGGUCAACGUGAAUUAAUCAUUGGUGACCGUCAAACAGGUAAAACUGCAGUUGCUGUAGAUGCGAUUAUCAACCAAAAAGGUCAAAACAUGACCUGUAUCUACGUUGCGAUUGGUCAAAAGGCUUCAACAGUGGCUAACGUGGUACGUAAACUUGAAGAAAACGGCGCGAUGGCUUACACCAUUGUUGUUGCCGCUACAGCUUCUGAUUCUGCCGCAUUACAAUUCUUAGCACCAUAUGCUGGUUGUACGAUGGGCGAAUACUUCCGUGAUCGCGGUGAAGAUGCAUUGAUUGUUUAUGAUGAUUUGACAAAACAAGCGAUUGCUUACCGUCAAAUUUCAUUGUUAUUACGUCGUCCACCAGGCCGCGAAGCUUAUCCAGGUGACGUGUUCUACAUCCACUCACGUUUGUUAGAGCGCGCUGCUCGCGUGAAUGAAGAAUAUGUAGAGAAAUUUACAGGCGGGAAAAUUAAAGGUAAAACAGGUUCAUUAACUGCCUUGCCUGUGAUUGAAACUGCGGCUGGUGACGUUUCUGCAUUUGUUCCUACAAACGUGAUUUCUAUUACCGAUGGUCAAAUCUUCUUAGAAACUGACUUGUUCAACGCUGGUAUUCGUCCUGCGAUUAACGCGGGUAUUUCAGUGUCUCGCGUGGGUGGUGCGGCUCAAACUAAAGUCAUCAAGAAACUGGGUGGCGGUGUGCGUUUAGCAUUAGCGCAAUACCGUGAAUUGGCUGCGUUUGCGCAGUUCGCAUCUGACUUGGAUGAAGCAACACGUAAACAAUUAGACCGUGGUCGUAUGUUUACUGAGUUGAUGAAACAAGCACAAUAUGCGCCAUUAAGUGUUUCAAAUAUGGCCAUUACCUUGUUUGCUGCUAACAAAGGUUACUUUGAUGACGUUCCAACCAAUAAAGUAUUAGCUUUUGAAAAUAAAUUGCAUGGCUUUAUCGGUUCAAAAUAUAAAACCAUUGCUGAUGCAAUUGAAUCAAGCAAAGACUUGAGCGUAGUGCAAUGUAUUGGUGCGGUGGUGGAUGUUGAGUUUCCGCGUGACCAAAUGCCUAAAGUGUUUGAAGCGUUGAUUAUUGACGAUAAAAACUCUCAGGCAGAAGCAGGCUUAACAUUAGAGGUUCAACAACAAUUAGGUGAUGGUGUAGUUCGUACUAUUGCCAUGGGCUCAUCUGAUGGCCUUGCACGUGGUACCCCGUUUAAAUCAACAGGUAACCAAAUUACUGUACCAGUCGGUACUGGCACAUUGGGCCGAAUUAUGGAUGUGUUGGGUCGCCCAAUUGAUGAGGCUGGUCCAAUUGAUUCAGACGAGCGUCGUUCUAUCCACCAAAAAGCGCCAACUUUUGAAGAGCUAUCUCCUUCAGUGGACUUGCUUGAAACGGGUAUCAAGGUGAUUGACUUGGUUUGCCCGUUUGCUAAAGGCGGUAAAGUGGGUCUGUUCGGUGGUGCUGGUGUGGGUAAAACCGUUAACAUGCUUGAGCUUAUCAACAACAUCGCUAAGCAACACUCAGGUUUAUCAGUGUUUGCAGGUGUGGGUGAGCGCACCCGUGAAGGUAACGACUUCUACCAUGAAAUGGCAGAAGCUGGCGUGAUUAAGCUAGACAACAUGAAAGAAUCAAAAGUAGCGAUGGUGUUUGGUCAAAUGAACGAGCCACCAGGCAACCGUCUGCGCGUAGCCUUGUCUGGUUUGACCAUGGCUGAGAAAUUCCGUGACGAAGGUCGUGACGUAUUGUUCUUUGUAGAUAACAUUUACCGUUAUACCUUGGCUGGUACUGAAGUAUCUGCGCUGUUAGGCCGUAUGCCAUCAGCGGUGGGUUACCAACCAACCUUAGCCGACGAAAUGGGUCGUUUACAAGAACGUAUUACUUCAACUAAAGUGGGUUCUAUUACGUCUAUCCAAGCGGUUUAUGUGCCUGCGGAUGACUUGACUGACCCUUCCCCUGCAACAACAUUCCAACAUUUGGACUCAACAGUUGUGUUGUCACGUGACAUUGCCUCUUUAGGUAUCUACCCAGCGGUUGAUCCACUUGAUUCAACUUCACGUCAAUUAGACCCAUUGGUGGUUGGUGAAGAACAUUACAACGUUGCACGUUCAGUGCAACAAACAUUACAACGUUACAAAGAGCUACGUGACAUUAUCGCAAUUUUGGGUAUGGACGAAUUGUCACCAGAAGAUAAACUAGCGGUUGGUCGCGCACGUAAAAUCCAACGUUUCUUGUCACAACCAUUCCACGUAGCUGAAGUGUUUACUGGCGCACCUGGUAAAUAUGUACCGCUAAAAGAAACAAUCAAGGGCUUUAAAGCGAUUGUGGCUGGUGAAUACGAUCACUUGCCUGAGCAAGCGUUCUACAUGGUGGGUGGCAUUGAAGAGGCUGUUGAAAAGGCCAAAACGCUUAACUAA